UGUGAAAUCAGAUUUGGGCUACUUUUGCAGGUUGCCUCAUUGAAUCUCACAAUGACCUUGGCUAUUAACCCCACUGAUAGAUGAGCAAGCAGGCUCAGAGGAAUUCUGUAACGAGCCCAAGGUCAUAGUUACAGGUGUGCAUGAGGCAGGAUGAACUGGACGGGUUUGUACACUUUGCUCAGCGGCGUGAACCGGCAUUCGACCGCCAUUGGCCGAGUGUGGCUGUCGGUCAUUUUCAUCUUCAGAAUCAUGGUGCUGGUGGUGGCGGCCGAGAGUGUGUGGGGUGAUGAGAAGUCUUCCUUCAUCUGCAACACCCUCCAGCCUGGCUGCAACAGCGUGUGCUACGACCACUUUUUCCCCAUUUCCCACGUGCGCCUGUGGUCUCUGCAGCUCAUCCUGGUUUCCACCCCGGCUCUCCUCGUGGCCAUGCACGUGGCUCACCAGCAGCACAUUGAGAAGAAAAUGCUGCGACUGGAGGGCCACGUGGACCCCCUGCAACUGGAGGAGGUCAAGAGGCACAAGGUCCACAUCUCAGGGACACUGUGGUGGACCUAUGUGAUCAGCGUGGUGUUCCGGCUGCUCUUUGAGGCCGUCUUCAUGUAUGUCUUUUACCUGCUCUACCCCGGCUAUGCCAUGGUGCGGCUGGUCAAGUGUGAGGCCUACCCCUGCCCCAAUACAGUGGACUGCUUCGUGUCCCGGCCCACCGAGAAAACCGUCUUCACCGUCUUUAUGCUGGCUGCCUCCGGCAUCUGCAUCAUCCUCAACGUGGCCGAGGUGGUGUACCUCAUCAUCAGGGCCUGCGCCCGCCGAGCCCAGCGCCGCUCCAAUCCGCCCUCCCGCAAGGGCUCGGGCUUCGGCCACCGCCUCUCGCCUGAGUACAAGCAGAAUGAGAUCAACAAGCUGCUGAGCGAGCAGGAUGGCUCCCUGAAAGACAUACUGCGCCGCAGCCCUGGUACCGGGGCUGGGCUGGCGGAGAAGAGCGACCGCUGCUCAGCCUGCUGAUGCUACGGACCAGGCAACCUCCUAUCCCACCCUGCCCUGGGCCUGCCCCCUCCAACUCCCCUGCCCGUGCACAGACCUCUGCCUGCUAAGGAUUAUUACCCCACCCAAACCUUCCUUCCCUCUCUCCCUCCCUUCCUCCCAGGGCCUUCAGUCUGAGGAGCUAGACGGCUGGGGAGCUGGCGGCCACUUCUAUGCCCACCCACGUUCAAGGUUACUGGGGAUGUGGGCAGCUUUCUUCCUGCCUGCAUCCCUUCCUCUUCCCUCUCCUUCUCCCUCUCCCUGGGACAACUAGGCACCAGGGACGGGAUGAUCUGACAGCAUGUCCAAUUCUGAAACUAAUCUUAACCCCAUGCUGUCAGAUACCCUAUUGCUAAGUCACAUCAGUGGGGAGGGUUGCGGGCAAGUGAAAUAGACAGGGUGCAGUGGACAUGUGGGUGGAGAAGGGAGGGUAGCCAAGCACAAGACGAGGAGGGACAGCACUUGCCGGCCCAGCCACAAGCAAAAAGAGGACAUGCCUGGGGGAGGGAGUCAGGGAGGGAGGAGAAGCAGGCAGAUAAGUUGGACUGGGGGUUGGUCAGGGCUGCCCCUGCCUCUAGUCCCCAAGGCCUCUCUCUGCCUGAAAUGUUACACAUUAAACAGGAUUUUACAGUAAA